GCAUCAAGCAUAACGCAUUGCUCGGCAAUGCAUCAAAAUGUACCCGUUGUACCGUUUCGCAAACUCGUAACAGAAAUCGGGAACAAAUAUUACAUAUCUCGGUACAAUGGAUGCGGUAAUAUCAAUUAAUCAUUCUGAUACACGUUAUCAAUUAACAGCUUAGAUAAGAAAUUUUCUGUUCAACAAAAUCUUAAACAAAGAAGACUGUUAAUAAACAUUUCAAUAAUUAUGGUGAUUUUUGAGAAUACCUUGAUCGUUUAUGUUUAUCAGAGAGAUAAUUAUGAAGUGCAAUGAAAAUUUGGCAAAUUAAAAACAGCAAUAUGGUUGCGAAGGUCUAUUAUAAUUUUUCUGCUAUCGAUUUAUUUCCCUACGCUGAUUUUCCUGCAAAUUCAUUGGUAAUUAUAACAUUCAAGAUGGCAAAGAUAUCAUACUAGUGUGCUACCACUUCUAACAAACUCCAGCGCUGAAAGAUCGGGAAAAAUAAACGCGAUAUUCGCAUGACACUGAUAUCGCGACGGAUAAGAAUAAUCGGCAAAAAUAGAGAAGGAUAGACUUCCAAGUGCGAGAAAGAGGAUACAAUUAAGACUUAUAAUAGAAAGAUAUUUCGGCAAUUAAUAAUUGGUCGAAUGAGUAUAUAUAGUGGCACGGAAAUUCUGCAAUCCAAUCAUAGUCAGUCUAGGAACUCGAAGCAUCAAGGAGCUAAGUGACUCAAAAUGAAAGGACUGCUGUUCACCGCCCUUGCCGCCUUUGUUGUGGUCUACGUGUAUUCUCAGGACGAAAUCACAGUAGAAUGUCCACCACCCAACGAAAAUGCUACACUCGUUCCACAUCCAUGCAACUGCAGCAGUUACUUUGUCUGCUUCGCUGGCGAUAAAAUUGCCAUGCCAUGUCCUCCAGGUCUUCACUUCAACGCGACCGUCCAUGUCUGUGACUGGCCAUGGAGAGCAGGCUGCAAAAUUAAUGAACUGUGUCCCAAUUUAACAGCGAAACACGAAUUGGCCGAUGGACCGGCUUACGUUUAAAGCUUCUUAUGUAUAAUAUGUUUAGUUUAAUUCGUUAAUUCAGUGUCUCAAUUACACUAUCGUUAAUGACACCUUUGUCUCCGACGUGUAAGUCGUUCAAUAGAAUACAUUUUUGUCUGCAGCUUUAAAAAUCCUGGUUAUUAGAAAUUUUUAUCAAUAUUUGAUAACAUUGCCGUGUUAUGUACAUGUAUAUUUGACUGAAAUAAACAAUACUUUCUUUCACGA